AUGUCCUCACAAGAGCCUCCCAAGGAUACCGACGCUGAAUUGGAAGCCUUCAGACGACAAUGGCGUCAAGAAGUCGAAUCACGAAACAAGCAAUCCACAUCAGAACAAUCCCACCCAACUCGUCAUCACAAGCCGACUCAUCCCUCGUCCUCUGCUCCGAAGCCUAGACUACAACAACACAAGCACGAUGCACACGACGACGAAGAGGAUCUUGCCUCACAAGUAUACUAUGACUUGCCAGACAAAGAAGCAGAGUUGCGUCUGGACGCUCACGAACAAGCCAUCGCGAGAGGUGCCCUGACNAAAGAGCCCAAGUCUGCCCUCGAACACUACGAGAAGGCUGUUGAGAAAGAGACAAUGGGAAGCUUAGGAGACAGUGUCGCUCUCUAUCGAACUGCUUUUAAGAUGGACGACCGCGUACAUGAAAAGUACAAGAACAAGCAUUUCCCUCCUUCGGCCUUUCCACCAAAGCCAAAAGCCACUGUACAACAAUCAAAUCCUUCCAAUGCCUCACAAACUGUGCCCAGUACUGCGCACCACUCAUCCCACGGCAUACCGCCCACUCUGACAGAGUUGGUCGAUCAAUUCUCCCACCUUUCCAUUCCUGGCGCGCCAGCUCCCACAGAUGCUGAUCCACCACCGCCAUGUCCAAUUGCAGAGCUACCAGGCGAGAUCUUGUCCGAGAUCCUGACCUACGCUGCUGUUAGUGAUCUGGCUUCUCUCGCCAAAGUCUCUCGUGUCUGCAANAGAUUCGCAUAUAUCGUCAUGACAGACGAAUCCAUCUGGAAGCGCAUCGCUCAAGGUUCAGAGUUUGGCUUUGGAGGUAUGCAUUACAACUAUGUAUGCAACCUCAAAGGCGAGCCGCUUGAGCCAGACCUCCACGAUGACAUAGCCUACCUUUCUGAAGGACAGGACCAAGAUUCCGAUUCAGAAACCCAACUUACAACUCCUCCUCGCCCUUCCAAGACCACUCCGGAACUCGACAACGUAUUGCUACAUUCUCUCUACUCCUCUUCAUGGCGCCAGAUGUUCCGCUCCCGACCCCGUCUCCGCUUCAACGGUUGCUACAUAAGCACAGUAAAUUACCAACGCCCUGGUGCAACGAACACUUCCUCAUCGACUUGGGGCACGCCAAUCCUUAUUGUGACUUACUUCCGCUACCUUCGUUUCUUCAGGGAUGGUACUUGUAUCUCCCUGCUCACCACCACCGAACCAAUAGAUGUCGUUCACCACCUGACCAAAGAAAACAUGCGCUCAUAUGCCGCUGGUUCGCUUCUACCAAACAGUGUCAUGAAGGAUGCUCUACGCGGGCGUUGGCGCCUCAGCGGUCCAGGCAACGAUCCGGCCUCUGAGAUAGAAGGAGACGUACACAUAGAGACAGAUGGUGUGAUACCGAAGUAUAUGUGGAAAAUGCAAUUCGGUCUCGGAUCUAGAGGUAAAAAGAGCGCUGGGGGCAACAAGUUGUCAUGGAAAGGUUUCUGGAGUUACAACCGCUUGACUGACGACUGGGGCGAGUUUGGCUUGAAGAACGACAAGGCUUUCUUGUUUAGUAGGGUCAGAGGGUACGGAAUGGGAUACUAA